AUGUUCAACGCGCUGAACCGCUUCAUGUCCCGCCUGGACGGGCAGCAACCGACCCAUCAGAACAACAACCAGGGGUCCUUCGGCUUCCAGGUCCUGCGGAACACCAACCUCGAACUUAACAUCGAGCCGUGGUUCGACUUCAUCAUUGGCAUCAACGGCCGUCCUAUUGACAACCCUGACCCUCGCCUCUUCGCCCAGGAAGUCCGCAACUGCGCGGGCGGCACGCUCUCCCUCGGGCUCUGGUCCGCAAAGGGCCAGCGCACGCGCGAGCUGCACGCCCAGGUGCCCCACGACACGGCCUCGCUCGGCCUCUCGCUGCAGUGGACACCACUCGCUGUCGCCGCCAACAUCUGGCAUGUCCUCGACGUCGCCGCCAACUCCCCCGCCGACGCUGCCGGCCUUCUGCCAUACGGCGACUACAUCCUCGGCAGCCCCGAAGGCGCCUUGCACGGCGAGGGCGGGCUCAGCGAGCUCGUCGAGGACCACAUCGGCCGGCCGCUGCGGCUGUACGUCUACAACAACGAGUACGACGUUACGCGCGAGGUGACGAUCCAGCCCACCCGCGAGUGGGGCGGCGAGGGCGCCCUCGGCUGCGUCCUGGGGUACGGCGCGCUGCACCGCCUGCCGGCGCCGCUGAACGAGCCGGUACACGCGCCGGGGGAGAUGAUGUUUGACGGCGAGAAGGACCCGGCCGCCGCGCUUUAUGGGGCUUCUGCUGUUGGUGCCGGUGGCUUGGGAGGCGAUACGCAACAACAGGACCUGUUCGUGCCGGCUGCCGCUGCUGGUAUAGGCGCGGGCGCGCUGCCGUCAGGGGGCGAUUUCUUGGUGCCCGCGCAGAUGGUCGACGCGAGCGGGGCGCCGCCGCCGCCACCGCCGGCGGGUACGGCGACGACGAGGAAGAAGAAGGAGAGGCAUCACGGCGGGAACAACUUCAUGGACGACUACUUCAAGGAGGAGGAGAAGAAGAGCAGGGAGGCCGACAACGCGCCGAGCGGGAGGGGGACGCCGGUUGCGCCGCCUCCGAAGACGGGAGGUCCGCCGCCGCCGCCGAGGGCAGGGUCGGCGGGGCCACCGAAGGAGGAGCAGCAGGCCGCCGCUCCGGAGGCCGAGUGA